AUGGCUUUACGACAGUCCGUGUCCGGGCUCUCCAAGAGCAUCUCGCGACAGACUGCGUCGCCACUCAUCCUGCAAAAGAGCGUCGGACAAUCUGCAAGAUGUCUGGCCUCGGUACAUAACCCCCCAGUGACGCAGAACUCUACCGGAUCGAAGGGACCGACAGCCAUGGUGUUCAUGAACAUGGGCGGCCCGUCAACCACAGACGAAGUCGGGGACUUCUUGAGCCGCUUAUUCGCCGACGGAGACUUGAUUCCGCUAGGAAGACUACAGAACUACCUCGGGCCCCUGAUCUCAAAGCGCCGCACUCCCAAGAUCCAAAAACAGUAUGCUGCUAUUGGUGGCGGGUCCCCGAUUCGAAAAUGGUCCGAGUACCAAAACGCCGAGAUGUGCAAGAUACUCGACGAGAUAUCCCCUGAGACGGCACCACACAAGCCAUACACGGCUUUCCGCUAUGCGAACCCGCUGACCGAGGAGAUGUACAACAAGCUGCUAGCAGACGGUUUCGGAAACGGGAAAGGCGGUCGUGCUGUCGCCUUCACACAGUACCCGCAGUACUCGUGCUCCACAACUGGAAGCUCAAUCAACGAACUUUGGAAGUGGAGGAAUAGACUUGAGAAGAAAAGUCAGGGUGCCAUACAGUGGAGCGUCAUUGACAGGUGGCCGGUGCAUCCGGGUCUGGUGGAAGCCUUUGCGCAAAACAUUGAGGCCAAACUGAAGGAAUAUCCUGAGGAGAGACGCGACCAGGUCGUAUUGCUAUUCUCUGCGCAUAGUCUGCCCAUGUCCGUUGUCAACAGAGGCGAUCCGUAUCCUGCCGAAGUGGCAGCAACUGUUUACGCCAUUCAGCAAAGACUGGGCUUCAGAAACCCGUACCGGCUCUGCUGGCAGUCUCAGGUUGGCCCAUCGGCUUGGCUGGGCCCUCAAACCGCCACCUCGGUCGAGGAAUUUGUGCACAAGGGUCAAACGGACCUGGUUCUGAUUCCGAUUGCCUUCACCUCUGACCACAUCGAGACAUUGUUUGAGCUGGACCAAGAAGUAAUUGGCGACUCGGGCCACCCGGAAACCGUCAAACGCGUCGAAAGUCUGAACGGCAACCCGACAUUCAUCAAGGGCCUGGCAGACAUUGCAAAGAAGCACCUUGACAGUGGCAUCACUUGCUCCACACAAAUGGGCUUGAGGUGCCCUGGAUGCAAGAGUGAGCGGUGCUUGGAGAGCAAGAAGUUCUUUGCCGGGGAAGGAAAGGUGCCGGCGUGA